AUGAGGAUAUUCAUAGCCUUUGAGGGAUCUUUUGAGCCAUUUGAUGUCUCAGCAGAUGAAACUGUGGAAGCCAUCAAGCUGAUGAUAAAGGAUUAUUUCCACAUUCCGCUCUCGGAAGAUGAGCAAGGCAGGCGGUAUCUGGAGUUGAUGUAUGCUGGAGCAGCCCUAAAGGACUGUUGGAGUAUAGCUGAUAUCGGGAUAUCUUUUUGUUCAACUCUCAAAUGCUUUGUUAAGGAAGAAGACAAACCAACUCUCUACGUGUUCAACGCUGUCACACAGGAAACAAUGCCCAUAAUGGAGAGCUUCUCUCUUUUUGAUAAAAACGUGUCCGAGCUGAGAACACUGGUAACUCUGAGAUGUGGCUUCCCUGUGAGCAUCUACUGCCUCCGGACCCCGCAGGGACAGGAGAUGUAUGAUUGCAAUUCUCUCAGGGACUACCAGACAGAAAUCGGCACAACUCUUCGCUUGGACGUCUGGGAUGGCUGGAAGGAAUUUCUGAUGGGUUGUCUCUUCGGACAAACACUGCAAGUUCAACGCUACUUAUCAGAAGAAGGACCAGUACUCAAGUAUCAGAAAAGGGUGGCCCUCUACCUGGCGGCCUUCCACGGCCACGUGGAGCUCACUGAGUGGGCCCUGAAGCAGGGCGUGAGACCCCACGAGGCGGUGGGCGCGCACCCGUACCGCGCGUGGUGCCACGAGGCCCUCCACGCAGACGUCUCUAAAUGCCCCGUUCAUGCAGCUGCCGAGUCGGGCCAGCUGCUGGUUCUGAAGGCCUUUGUCAACUGCAGCGUGCUGUGCCUGGAAUGCAAAAACGCCGCAGGCCAAACCCCGCUCACCCUCGCGCUCAAACACAAACGCAAGGACUGCGUGCUCUACCUGCUGAAUAAAAUGUGCUCCACGGUCUCGUUUCCGAAAAUGUCAGUGCCCAUGAGCAUCUAUAUCAAAAUCAAGCAGUGGGUUCUCCGAACUCACGGGCACAGCCGCCACAAAGGCCGGCCGCGCCGGGCCAGGGAGUCGGGAGCGAGGGUCGGAGACACCGUGGUGGUGGAUGGUUUCAGCGACCCAACGAUGAGCUCACGGAGCUGGCCGGGGCGCGCGCGCAGGGCCUCCCAGGACGCAGCCUGCGCGCGCGCUCCUCGGGGGCCGCGCACCGCGCUCUCCCCGCGGAACACGGCAGCGCAAGCCUGCACCUUUCCUCCCCUGCCGGAUGCAGAUAAAUUCUCUGCGUUACAAAGGCGUCAGCGGGGAAAACAGGCAAACCUUACCGACACAGCCGCCGGGAAGAAAGAAAAGUUUAUAAGAAAUGCCUAUUUCCCUCAAGUCCCCCUCCCUCCAGUGACAAAAGUGGGGUGUUCACACCCAUCCUUUCAGUACGCCCCACCCAGUGAUGUCUUUCUGCUAAAAUCCUCUUUCACUUCUUUCUCGGAGCGCAGUGGAAAGACGACAAGGGAGAACGCCAUCGACUGCUUGGCUAUGGCAAGGUAA